GUUCCAGCGUAGCGUGGGGACCCGUUUAUAGGUGUUCCCUCAUCGUGCCGGCCGGCCGGCGGCCUCAACUGCUCUUCAAAGUUUGUGAAAAGCCACUAAUGUGAUAAUUUGAUAUCUUUCUUUUGUUUUGUUGUAUCUGAGUGCAAAAUUUAGUGCUUUUUGGCAAAAUGGCGACGAGUGCUGGUUUGCGAGCAACACAGAGGGCAGAGAAACCAUCGUACCAUCAACAACAGGGCCAUAGCCAUGGUGGGAAUUCAUUGACGACAAGUUUGAAUAAUGGGUAUCAGUCUCUCCGGCCUAAGGACAACAGACCCCGCUCUUCCUCCUCUUCAUCUUCUGCUUCGACACGCCCCUCUGUUACUCCCACUUCUCGUUCUCGAUCCAAGGACACUGAAGACGAUAAUGAUCCUGGAAGGGUGAGAGUUGCUGUCAGACUUCGACCAAAAAAUGCUGAGGAUCUACUUUCAGAUGCUGAUUUUACCGAUUGCAUUGAGUUGCAGCCAGAGCUUAAGCGGUUAAAGUUGCAAAAAAACAACUGGACUUCUGAAUCUUACAAAUUUGAUGAAGUCUUCACAGAGACUGCCUCACAGAAGCGUGUUUAUGAGGUAGUAGCAAAACCAGUAGUUGAGAGUGUGUUGCAUGGAUAUAAUGGGACAAUUAUGGCUUACGGGCAAACAGGAACUGGCAAAACUUACACACUUGGAAGGCUUGGUAAAAAGGAUUCAUCUGAGCGUGGUAUAAUGGUUAGAGCUUUAGAGGACAUAAUGGACAACAUCUCACUUGCUUCUGAUAGUGUGGAAGUAUCCUACUUACAGCUCUAUAUGGAGUCUAUACAAGAUUUACUUGCACCAGAAAAGUCUAGUAUGCUUAUCAAUGAGGAUCCCAGGACUGGGGAAGUGUCCUUACCUGGUGCUUCUAUGGUUAAGGUUCAAGAUCUACCACAAUUUCUAGAGCUGCUACAAAUUGGUGAGGCUAACCGUCAUGCGUCUAAUACGAAGCUGAAUACAGAGUCUUCACGUAGUCAUGCAAUUCUAAUGGUUUCUGUACGAAGAUCUAUACAUGGAAAAAUGGAAGAUGAAACUAUUUCUGAGAGAAAUGAGGAAAGGGAUUUACCCAUGGUUAGAAAAAGCAAGUUGCUGAUUGUGGAUCUUGCAGGGUCUGAAAGAUUAGAUAAAUCUGGCAGUGAAGGCCAUUUGCUUGAAGAGGCUAAGUUCAUUAAUCUUUCUCUUACUUCCCUUGGAAAAUGUAUAAAUGCAUUGGCUGAGAACAGUCCACACAUACCUACAAGGGAUUCUAAACUGACAAGAUUGCUUCGUGAUUCUUUUGGAGGCUCUGCUAGGACUUCCCUUAUAAUAACAAUUGGACCAUCUGCAAGACAUUAUGCAGAGACCAGUGGCACGAUAAUGUUUGGGCAACGGGCAAUGAAAAUAGUAAACACGAUAAAGCUUAAAGAAGAGUUUGAUUAUGAAAGUUUAUGUCGGAAGCUUGAGACUCAAGUAGACCAUCUUACCUCAGAAAUUGAGAGGCAACAGAAGUUGAGAGAAAAUGACAAGCAUGAAUUGGAAAAACAGCUCAGGGAGUGCCAAAAUUCUUUUUCUGAAGAAAGACAGAACCUAGUCACAAAGUCUGAGUUUCUAGAGAAGGAAAAUACUCGUUUGGAAUUGGAGACAGAAGAAGUCUUAACUGAGUUGAAGAGUCAAAAAGAACAUACUGCUUUGAUGAAUAAUAAAAUUGCAGAGCUAGAAAUGAGCUUAAAACUUCUCAAGCAAAACCAGCUUGAAAAUUCUGCAUAUCAGAAAGUACUGGCUGAUACCAAUCAGAAAGUACUGGCUGAUACCACUCAGAUGUAUGAGAGAAAGAUAGCUGAGUUUAUCAAGAAGCUUGAGGUUGAGCAUGCCAAGUCUGAUAGUUCCUUCGAACAACUAGAUGCAAUGAAAAAAAUAUUGAGUGACCAUCAAAGGGAAAUUCAACAACUUGAGACCCAAAAUUCUAUAUAUCAGAAGGCACUAGCAGAUACUACUCAGAUGUAUGAGAAGAAAAUUAAAGAGCUGACUAAGCAACUAGAAGAAGAGCAUGCUCAUUUUGAAGGCAUGCAGCAACAACUGGAUUUAGCAAAUAGACCUCUUACUCAAAACUUAAUGCAGGAACAGGAAGAAAUCAGUGAACUUACAAUGAAGUUACAAGAAACAUAUGAACUGCAAGAAUCUACAAUGAAUGAAUUACAGUCCUUGAAAUCAGAAUGUAAAGAUCAGAUUCAAGAGAAGGCAAUGCUAAGUGAAGAACUCAGUGCAAUGCAAGAAAAACUAUCAGCAGAAGAGAAGCGAAGAAAGAUUAUUGAACAUGAGUUGGUGAAACUUAAGAAAAGUGUAGCUCAAAAUGAGAAUGAGUUUGGUGUAAAUGAGAAUGAGUUUGGCAAUAAGAUAUCAUUUCUGAAGGAAAAUAUCAAUAAAGGAUCCUUAACAUCUGGAAGCUCCUCAAGUUCCCACAAAUCAAACCCACUAAGAGACACACAAUUUGGUCAAAGGGCUACAAUUGCAAAGAUAUGUGAAGAAGUUGGGCUUCAAAAGAUAAUACAAUUGCUGGCAUCUGAAGACUUAGAUGUCCAGAUCCAUGCUGUGAAAGUGGUAGCUAACCUUGCUGCAGAAGAUAUUAAUCAGGAACAUAUUGUGGAGGAAGGUGGCUUAGAUGCUCUGCUUACACUGUUAAGAACGUCCCAAAAUGCAACCAUACUUAGAGUGGCAUCUGGUGCCAUUGCUAAUUUGGCAAUGAAUGAGAUGAAUCAAGACUUAAUAAUGAGCAAAGGAGGUGCUCAAUUACUAGCAAAAACAGCAUCUAUGACAGAUGAUCCGCAAACUCUAAGAAUGGUAGCUGGUGCACUUGCCAAUUUAUGUGGAAAUGAAAAAUUACACAUGAUGCUGAAAGAAGAUGGAGGCAUAAAGGCUCUCUUGGGAAUGGUUAAAUCAGAGAACAUUGAUGUGAUUAUCCAGGUUGCUAGAGGUAUAGCCAACUUUGUGAAAUGUGAGACCCGAGGAAUUAGUCAAGGUCAUAGAAGAGGCCGUUCACUUCUGUUAGAAGAUGGUGCCCUUGAAUGGUUGAUUGCGAAUUCUAAUACAACUUCAGCUUUGACCAGACGCUAUGUUGAGCUUACCCUUUGUCAUUUGGCACAAAAUGAGGAUAAUGCCAGGGAUUUCAUUUCCAGUGGAGGAGUACUACAACUUGUACGAAUAUCAAACGAGUCUAGCAGGGAAGAUAUACGCAAUUUAGCAAAGAAGACACUACAGUUGAACCCAAAUUUUCAGACUGCAGUUUUGGAGCCUUGAAAUAUUGUUUAAGCUGACAAUUUAACCGUCUGAAAAGUUCAGGUAAUGGAAACUUCCAUUGCAAUUGUAAAGUUUGAGAACAACAGCAAUUACGGUGUACAAGAAUGUUUAUUGUUAUGACAAUGUUUAGCGUUAAACCACAUCUCAGAAUACAUAAAAAAAAAAACACAACAAACCACUCAUACACACACACCUCGUAAAAGAUAGGCAGAACCCACAAAGAAUUGGCAUUGCACAAAGAAUUAAUAAUGGUUUAGGCUUGAUGUGCAUACGUCUCUCAUAUGGAUUGUGUAAACGCUUGAUGGUGGAGAGCUGAGACACGAUAAGGGUGAAAUAUUUACAAUAAAUUUGGUUUAUAAUA